AUGAAUGCCACUGAUCCAUGUGUGUCUUAUUGUGAACCCCCUACCAUGGAUUGUUACUACAGCCCGGCUCCGCAAGUCAGAGAGCUCCAGAGUUCGCCUUUUAGGGCAUUCCAGCCCAGUGAUAAGUUUAGUCCCGCUUUCCUGGCCAGCAAAGGACAGAACUUUGGGGACAAGUCCAGGAGCACCUCGUACCCUCAGGAGUGCCAGACGUUGGAUGGCAGCGCCAGGGAGCAGCAGAACCAGGGAAACUUCCCCAAGUACCAGAGCCACCACCAGCAGUCCCAACAGCAGCAAUCCCACAUCUACAUGCAAAACAGCUCCUGCAAAUCUCCUUCAGACAGCCUGAAACUGCAAGACAGCCCAGGAGAGCCUCUCAUCCCCUGCUACGCCAAAGAGAGUUCCCUGACGCCAAACAGUGACGGCCCGGGAAUGGACAGCGGCUACCUGACCAGCAAAGAGGCCCCAGCCAAGGGCUCCCAGGACAGGGGGAGCAACGACCUGCCCAUGGAUAAGGCCGAGUCAGAGAGCAACAAAGGAAAGAAAAGGCGGAACAGGACUACGUUUACCAGCUACCAGCUGGAGGAGCUGGAGAAAGUCUUCCAGAAGACACACUACCCAGAUGUUUACGCCCGGGAACAGCUGGCGAUGAGGACUGACCUCACCGAGGCCAGAGUGCAGGUGUGGUUCCAGAAUCGGAGGGCAAAGUGGAGGAAAAGAGAGAGGUUCGGGCAAAUGCAACAAGUACGGACUCACUUCUCUUCUGCCUAUGAGCUGCCACUACUGACCCGAGCUGAAAACUAUGCCCAGAUUCAGAACCCGUCCUGGAUUGGAAACAACAGUGGUGGUUCUCCAAUCCCAGCCUGCGUGGUACCGUGCGACACCGUCUCCUCCUGCAUGUCUCCGCACAACCACCCACACUCUGCCGGGGGAGUCUCAGAGUACCUCAGCGUCCCGGGCCCCGGAUCUCACAUCAGCCAGACGCACAUGAGCGGCCUCUUCAGCAGCGCCACCAUGGCAUCCGGCAUAAAUGGGUACGACUUGAACACUGAGCCCGACCGCAAGAGCUCCAGCAUCGCGGCACUCAGGAUGAAGGCCAAGGAACACAGCGCUGCCAUGUCUUGGGCCACAUGA